AUGAAGGAGAAAAGUGCUACAGUUGAUGUUCUUCAGCUGUUAAACCAAUCUGUCGUGACACCGCAUGAACUGCGGCUAGAAUGUGUGCCGGCGGACAAAGGUGGAGAGUACACGAGUUCGGCUUUUCGCAGAUACUGUCGUGAUGUCGGAAUCAAGCCACAGUCUGCUUCCACAAACACUCCUCAACAAAUUCGCGCGAAUGAACGGAUCGCUCGAACGCUAGUGGGUAUGUUACGAUGUCUGCUGGCUGACUCUGGUCUACCGCACUUUCGCUGGGGAGAGCUGUUCAUGACCGCUUCGUAUCUGAGCAACCGCGCUCCACAAUCGGCUUUGGACAACGUGACGCCCUUCGAAGUCCUUCAUGGCAAGAAGGCCUAUCUUGGCCACCUUCGGGCGAUCGGAGCAAGAGCUUUUGUCACCUGGAGACCCAUACCAACAAGCUUGAUGCUCGUGCCUGGGAAGGACGGCUGGUUGGCUACAGCGUCGACAGCAAAUCUUUUCCGAUUUAUAACCCGGAAACGAGGAGAGUACGCGAGAGCCGCAACGUCUUCAUCAUUGAGACACCGUCGGUCAUGCCGGAACCAGGCGUGGUGCGUUCUCUUCUCGAUCAAAUUCAUGAACCAGCUGCCCGAGACCUUCGGUCUUCGCGUGCUCCGUCUUCUUCUGCGCAACAAUCUUCUCCAGCUGCUGCUCCGGGAGAUACUUCCACACCUGCUCAAGGGGAAGGUACUCCCACUCCUGCACCUGCUUCAGCGGGAGGUAGUCCUGCGCGUGGUCGGAAUUCCGGGUCUGCCCAUUCCACGCGUGGCAGGGCUACGUCAACUCCUCCUUCUCGUAACUUACGUUCCAGCAACAAGCACCCAACUCGAAAGUCGCUCUUCAAGGGGAACGAGCAAGAUACCUGACACCUUCGGAGAGGCCAUGGAGCUCGCGGCAGCAGACUUAUGGAAACAAGCCACCGAAAGGGAGAUCAAGAGUCUUCAAGAGCUAAAGGGCUGGAAUCAAGUUCCAGGAAAGGAUUGCGAUGGAACCGUCGCUCCUGUCGGUAGACUGCAAAGUGUGCGGAUGGUGCUUGCCAUUGCUGCUGAGAUGGACUGGGAGGUACGUCAACUUGACGUCAAAACUUCUUUUCUUUAUGCUGACCUAGAGGAGGACGUGUUUGUGAAGAUGGCACCAGGCUUCGAAGCCCGUAACGCAAACGGACACAAGCUUGUAAUGAAGCUUGGAGUUAGUUUAUACGGAUUAGCUCAAAGUCCCCAGAACUGGUGGAAAACAAUCGAUCCAAAACUCAUCGAACUUGGGUUUGAGCCACUCAAGUCGGAGUCCUGCGUGUAUAUCUACCAGCGCAACAACACGGUUGUGAUCAUCACCCUCUACGUCGACGAUCGUCUCGUCAUCGGCGGAAAACAUCGAACUACAAGCCAGCUUGCGCGCGCGAUGUCCAAGCCAGCGAAGGUGCACAUGGGUGCUGCUAAGCAUCGUCUGGGGUAUCUCGCCGGAACACCGUAUUUUUGCAUCACGUACAAGCGAGGAGGCUUCAAACUGACCACAUUCUCGGAUGCCAACUGGGGUAACAACCCUGAUAAUGCGAAGUCGACUUCAUCCUACAUGAUUGUGAUGUCGAAGGCUCCCGAAAGCUUCAAGACGGGUCUGCAAAGCUUAAGGGCAGUGUCGACCAUGAUGGCGGAGCUGGUGGCUGCAGCUCUAACGAUGAAGGAAGUAGUGGUCUGCUCUAAUAUGAUGACUGAGAUAGGGUCCGGACAGCAGUUCGGUCAAGUUCCGUUUUCUCGUACGAAGCACAUCGCCAUACGUUUCUUCUAUCUUCGAGAGCUGGUCAAGGAAGGCGCAAUCACCAUCCACUACGUUUCUACGGAUCGUCAACUCGCCGACAUCGGAACCAAAUUCCUAAGCAAGCAUUGCCUUCGUCUUCUACUCAACCUCAUCAAGAACUUCGAGGAGUAG